AUGUCAUACACAUACUGUAGUUCGUCAGCUAGCGGCAGUCCAUCGCCCUCGUCUGAGACGCCCUCCAACAAUACAUCUCCUGCCCACAUCUCCGCACCCCUCAAGCCAUCCAAAGCUUCGGAUGAAACAGAUUCGCAAAGCGCACGUUCACGAGAAACUCCAAACAGAAUGCCAGUAGAUUUACCUCGCGGAGGGUUGACAGGGAGGGGGGGAUGCUGGACAUGUCGCUUGCGAAGAAAGAAAUGUGACGAACAACGAGAGGGCAACUCCUGUCAUACCUGCAAGCGGUUGAGAAUAGAUUGUCUGGGUUGGGGAACAAGGCGCCCUGAAUGGAUGCGCGACAAGAAAGCUGUGGAAGAUUACAAGGCUGGCAUCAAAGCUCAGCUAACACGGGCUGGCCUCAUCCGCGGUCAGCCCAAAUCGUCGAUACUGCAAGCCACUUCAACGGGUCGAUCAUCUACAUCAGCUUCAUCGUCAUCGUCAUCUGUUUUUCCUUCGCGACAGUUUCAGGGAUCUGCAAGUUCUCCAGGGUCUUCUCGAGUCAACGAUUUGGGAAUGCCAGCGUAUGCCGAUCCAUUGGGCGACCCAACUGGAAUGUCCGUGUUUGACGAUGGCUUGCAAAUGGAGCACAUAUUUUAUUACUUUGAGCAUGUUCGGCAGUUGCAGUAUGCGUUUGCUGGCAACUCUGUAGCAAAUAUAACAUAUUCACUUGUAUUACAACACCCACAGGGCCCUGUGGCAAAUGCUAUUUCCGCAUUAGCAUCAUUGCACUUCAGUUUGAUUCGCAUCGCCCACGGUUUCGAGGCACCAAACCCCACCCUGGAGCACUCACCGGCAAUCCGAUUCUAUGAUAGCGCCCACCAACAGAUCUAUAGAAACAAGCAGACAACGCUAAGCGAAUCCGACGCAAAUGCAGCCAUCCACAUGUUAAGCUUCUCGCUCAUGUCAGGUGGAGUGACAGAUUGGCGUCCGAUGUUAGAUAUUGCGAGCGAAUGGCUUGUGAGGACGGGAAUAACAACGAGCGACAACCCCAAGUCGAUGAUGAUAAACAUGAACGAGGCAUCGCAAUUGGCACUGAAAGCCACAAUAUGGUGUGAUAUCAUGUCAACCCUGGCCCUGAAAACGACGCCAAAGCAUCUAACCUUCUAUCGGCGACUGUUCCGCAGAGAAUCGAAUUACUGGGGUUUAACGCAGCAGGGCAUCGGUGACGAAUCAGCCCUUCGUAUGGAUAGCUUAACUGGAUGUCCGGACGAAGUACUUCUCGGUAUCGCGGAGAUAGCAACGCUAUCGUGCUGGAAGACGCAGGAACUUCGUAAAGGUUCUUUGAGCAUGAGAGAGCUCAUCCGGCGAGGGGACGUUAUUGAACGACACCUUCGCACCCAAACAGAGACAGUACUAUCGGCAGAAGGAGACCAGACACCAUUACAUCCUGAAUUAUCAUCAAUGGUUGCUGAGCAUGGCAACGUACAAAAUUCACCUACUGGACACGUGGGCACAUCCCUUCCUGCAGACGACACUCGGAGGAUAGUGGGUGAUAUCUUCCGAGAAGCAACUAUCCUCUACUUGCAGACAGUGCUCAGCGACCCCAAUCCAGGAGUGCCCGAAAUCGUGAAUUCGAUAGAUGUCAUUGUACAAUUGUUGAACCGGCUACCCGUGUCGAAUAUCGACCGCUGCUUAGUGUUUCCCAUAUGUCUGGCUGGGUGUCUCGCGGACGAUCCCAUGAAGCGCGAGUUUCUGAAAUCACGGCUGCAAGGUCAACACAAUGGCUUUGGUAACACCAGUCAGACUAUGCGAGUCAUGCAAACAGCAUGGCAAAAACGGGAUAAUCAAGGGGGAAGAGUCGAAUGGCAAGACCUGCUCCAUAUUCAAGGGCGUUAUUUGCUCCUGCUGGUUUAA